CGCCCCGGCGCCUCAGGCCCGCCCCAUCGGUUCCCUCCAGGUCUUACUCCGCCAGGCUUCGCCGGCGGCUACCGCCGCAUCAGGUGACAGCCCGGAAGCUGCCGAAGCGGAUGAGGGAAGCGCGGCGGCGGCCCCGGGGGGCGGGGCGGAGCUGCAGCAACCUCGGCCUUUGCCAGGCCCCCUGCGCGGCCCUCAUGCGGCGCCCUGGUUGACACCUGAAAUCUGCCGAUCGCCGUCCUCCUGGGGACCGCGGGGUCGCCCGGCCCGCCGCCCUCGGCGGUUGAAGUCGUCGUCGUGCGGGCCCACGGCGGCUGCCCAUGGAGAAGGCCGGGCGGGGCGGCGAUGGCGCCCCCCGGGGGCCGGUGCUGCACAUCGUGGUGGUCGGCUUUCAUCACAAGAAGGGCUGCCAGGUUGAAUUCUCUUACCCGCCCCUGAUUCCAGGCGAUGGACACGACAGUCACACUUUACCUGAAGAGUGGAAGUAUUUGCCCUUCCUUGCCUUACCAGAUGGCGCACACAAUUACCAGGAAGAUACUGUGUUUUUUCACUUGCCACCCAGAAAUGGAAAUGGAGCCACAGUAUAUGGCAUCUCUUGCUAUCGACAAAUUGAAGCUAAGGCAUUGAAAGUACGGCAAGCAGACGUCACCCGAGAGACGGUUCAGAAAAGUGUCUGUGUUCUAAGCAAGCUGCCUCUCUAUGGCCUACUUCAAGCAAAACUUCAACUCAUUACACAUGCAUAUUUUGAAGAGAAGGAUUUUUCCCAAAUUUCCAUUCUAAAGGAGCUUUAUGAACAUAUGAAUAGUUCCUUGGGAGGAACUUCUUUAGAAGGAUCCCAAGUAUACCUUGGUCUGUCUCCUAGAGAUCUUGUGCUUCAUUUUCGAAACAAGGUCUUAAUUCUGUUUAAACUAAUUCUUCUUGAAAAAAAGGUUCUCUUUUAUAUUUCUCCAGUGAAUAAAUUGGUGGGUGCCCUGAUGACCGUGCUAUCUCUUUUUCCAGGCAUGAUUGAGCAUGGUCUCAGCGACUGUUCUCAGUAUAGACCCCGAAAGAGUAUGUCUGAUGACGCUGGGCUUCAAGAAAGGAAUCCCCCUGCACUUGAUUUUGCUUCUGCAUCUAACAUUCCAAACACCAACUCGGAAACUGUCAAGAAAAUGAUGACAGGAAACCAUGGCGGAGACACUGCUAUCAAGACUGAAGGACCUUUGUUCCAAGUAGAAGACGACAGCAACAAAGGACUGGAACUCAGUGAUACCAAUCAAUAUUUGAAACCUCCUUCUCGUCCAUCUCCAGAGUCUUCAGAAAGUGACUGGGAGACCUUGGAUCCGAGUGUCUUAGAGGACCUCACCUUGAAAGAAAGGGAGCAGGUGGGGUCAGAACAGACAAACUCAUUUCCAAAGGAGUCGGUGCCCUCAGAUAGUCCUCCGAUUACUGUACAGCCUCAAGCUCAUGUGGGCCAGGCAGUCCUGAUACCAGGGCUGAUUUCCGGUUUGGAAGAGGACCGGUACGGCAUGCCCCUGGCGAUCUUCACAAAGGGAUAUCUGUGUUUGCCUUACAUGGCGUUGCAGCAGCACCAUCUUCUCUCUGACAUCACCGUUCGGGGAUUUGUUGCUGGAGCUACUAACAUCCUUUUUCGACAACAGAAACACCUCAGUGAUGCCAUUGUGGAAGUAGAAGAAGCUCUGAUCCAGGUCCAUGACCCAGAACUCAGGAAGCUGCUCCACCCCACCACUGCAGACCUCAGGUUCACAGACUACCUGGUGAGGCACGUGACUGAGAACCGGGACGAUGUCUUCCUGGAUGGAACGGGCUGGGAGGGAGGUGACGAAUGGAUCCGAGCCCAGUUUGCAGUCUACAUCCACGCGCUGCUGGCCGCCACACUGCAGUUAGGAACCUGUUUUGAGAGCCUUACAUCUUCUAACCCAUGUCAUCCUCACAGCAAUCCUGGAGAUAAUGAAAAGAUAUUGUCAGACUACGGGACAACCUUCGUGGCCGCAUGGAAGAAUACUCACAACUACAGAGUCUGGAACAGCAACAAGCAUCCGGCACUGGCAGAGAUAAAUCCGAACCAUCCUUUUCAAGGCCAGUACUCAGUGUCAGACAUGAGGUUAAGAAUCUCACAUUCUGUUCAAAACAGUGAACGUGGCAAAAAAAUUGGAAACGUCAUGGUCACAACCAGCCGGAAUGUUGUACAAACAGGAAAAGCUGUUGGCCAUUCGGUUGGAGGGGCUCUUUCCAGCGCAAAGACGGCUAUGUCUUCAUGGCUUUCUACUUUCACCACUUCCACCCCCCAGAGCCUCACGGAGCCACCCGACGGGAAGCCCUGAGCCCACGUGGUGUCCCAGAGGCUGCUGUUGUUCCCGCAGGUUUAAGUGUUCCCUGUCUGUCUGCUGCCCCCGGACUCUUCCACUGCAUCGGCCACAGGUCGUCGAACUGUUUACAUGGACGGUUGCCCUCUGUCUAGAUGAAUGCCACAGGAUGCUGAAACGAUGAAAUCACAACCUUAGCAGGGAUGGCUUUCCAGGUUGGGGUUUAAAUUGACUACUUUUAUUUCAGUCUGAGCCUGAUUAAAACACACAGUGUACCAUCUAAUAAUUUUUGAAUUCUGAUAGCUACAUUUGUUUACUUUACAAAAGUUUUUAUGUAAAUUUUGUUCUGUUUUGCUGUUUGAAUAUCUAGGUGGUCACUGUAAUUUACUUGUGCUGAAAUUAAGUUAUAUUGCUGUUUUAAUGUCUCUCAAGUUGGCCCUAAAAUGUUCUUAUACAGUUAAGGGGCCGCACAAUUUAGCCCUUGGUUAUUAUUUUGCUGAGUUAUAUGACAAUGCUUUGUUUGUUGGUUUUCUACCUACAAAACUGUCGAUUCGCUUCUUCCCAGAAAAGGGAAAGUCGUGGGUAGUAGUAGUUCUUUGGAUGGAGUGUUUUGUUUCGUGUUUAACGAAUUCUUUCCCAAUCCUAAACACUUGCUUUGAGGCAUCAGGGCGUAUCAGUGUAUGUCUUCCUCCUCCUCCCAAGUGUUCAAGCAGGUUUGCAGAGAAGUAGCAUAGUGAUGGGCACAGCCAUGUCGGAGCAGUUUAAUGUGAAUGUGUACUUGGGGCAAGGCUUGAAAAGACCUAGUUGUUCGUUCUGUCAACUUGAGCCAUGUUGCAAUCUUCUACAAGCAUUUUUUAACCCAGAGUUUGUGCCUUCUAUGUCUUCUUUUGAAUAGUUUUCCAUUGGGUGUUUACAGAUCUACAGGUUUUUUCUUAGUCUUAUUCUUCAUAAAACUUUCCAAGGCACUUUGUUUUCCUACUUCCCUGACGGAAAAUCCUCCUGUAGCCAAUCCCUUCCAAGAGUAUUUUUAAAAGAAAAGCAAGAUGAUCUAUAAAUAUCAUCUAGAUGAUAUUUUCAUCGUAGAAAUCUCAUUGUAGGUCACAUUUAGAAAAGCAAGAGGCGGGAGACAAAAACUACAGCCGUGACGUCAGUCAUGUUUCAUAAAGGACAUCUGGAUUCAUUUUAGACCCGUGUGUGUGUGUGUGUGUGUGUGUGCGCGCGCGCGCAUGCAUGCGCGUGUAUAUGCGCUAUAUACUGAAGACUUUUGUACAACUGGACCUCAUGUAUCUAUCAUGCUCAGCUGUCAUUUGCUUUCAUGGGGACAUUGGAUGGGUGUUCUCAGGGAGGACUUACAGGGGACAGACUGCUUUUUCAGUAUAAAAGGAUACUUGGAAAAUACAUAGUGAGUGUACCCUACACACGACAUGAAGAGUAUUGGGAAAAUAAGGGACCUAAUUAAGGAUGACACUUGAUUAUAUUUGAUUUAUCGCUUAAGAAAUGUUUAUGUAAAGUGCAUCCUUCUAGGGCAUGUAAAAUGGUCAUGGGGACAUAAUCUAAAUAUCCCUAAAUCUUCCAAUUUGUGUUUUAACACAAGUCCAGCAAAUCUAAAAGCCUACUUCCAUUUGAGCAUAAUAACUCAAGAAUUCAGUGAUGAUAAAUUAAAGGGCUUAUUGUGAGAACUCCAUUAACUCCACCUCUGCUAGGAAAGUUAACCUUCUCAGGAAAUGUUACUUGAAGAGAAGUAAUACCAAACAAACCCUUAAAAGGUACUUUAAUCAGUUGCACUGAGACUAUAAGGAAUUCAUUUGAACAUCUUGUUUCGUCAGGCCACACCAUUGGCUGGAGCGAGAGUGUAAUAGAUGUCACCUCUCAACUGCCAGAAACGCACAGUGCUAAGAGCACUGCGAGGGGUCAGCCAGCUCGCUGCCGGCUCAUCCUUCGGUUUGUAUGGUUUGUAUGAGUGGGGUAAACUCCCGUCCCUCACUAUUCAGUAGCAGCCCAAUCCAUCCACACUGUGGAAUGCCACUAAAAUAUAUUUACGCGAAGUCGAACUUUGCUUUAGACUCUCACUUGUUCCCCGUUUUAGUAUACACCUUAAUUGAACUUUCUAUUAAUGUUUCCAGUUAAGAGUUCAACUCUUAAAGUGCUCAUUUCACUGGCUUUCAACAUAAAAUGAAUAUUUCAGAAGAUAGAGCUUUUGUCAUUGAAAUGGUCAAAAGACCGUAACUGUCUCCUUCAGAUGCUGGGAGGUGUGGGAGUUUUCAGGGAGUGGAGGCCGUUAUGUCGUUGGCAGGGCCGCACGUGGGGCAGCCAGCACAGCUGAAGGCGGGAAGCCGGGGCUCCAGGAUCCUGCUGAGGGGCCAGCCCAGGAGCAGUAGCCUCCCUCCGGUCACUGGCUCUGUGAGCCAGAGUAGCCAACACUGGGCCGUCUUCGGACCAACACUGGUAAAGGUGGGUUUGGGUUGGCCAUGGCUGGUCCAGUGCUUCUGGGUCUAAGAAAUGAGCAUUUGUCAGGAGGCCUGAGGGAGCGAGGGUCAGCUUUUCCAAGGUGUGCCUCACUGUCUGUCCAGGCGACUUAAAAGUAAUGUUUGGAAAAAGCCCCUGGCAUGCUUUAAUUCCCACCAGGCGCUGUAAUGACAGUGACACAGAUAAGAAAGAGCGUUAAAGCUAUUGUGUCCUGGACUGGGUGACUAGAAAAAGUUGCAGGUCAGAGUAAGGCUUAGAGUUACUUUGCAUAUGCAUUUGGUUCAUAGAACCGGUCGGUAGGAAUGGUGUACCCCCAACUCCAUGAGUGAUUUCUUAGCCCCCAAGCCUUAAAACAACUCCCAUCUACUUUUGCUUUAAGACACAUAGCGGCAAUACCCUUGGGCAGCAAACCUGAGCAUGUGACAUGACUUCUUCAGCCUAGUCUUGCUUUCCUGGUCCUUUACUAAGCAUUGCAUUUUUCUGUAGAAUAAUUUAGUUUGAAAAGGCAAGGAGAAAGCACAUUAGGAAAGGAGAGAAGUGAAACGCUGUUGAAGAGCAAGGUACUUAAAAAUUGGAAUGAAAGUGUUUUGAGAGCGGUAUUUCAUAUGCUAAAGGUUAUAAGACUUCUUUUACAAAGAAGUUAGAAUUUUAUUCUGCUAGUUACAGGUUUAAAAUGAAGCUAUCACAUUAUCUCCCUGGCAGGCAGGUUUUGUUUUCAUCUUGUGUUUUGUGGAAGUCACAGACGGACUUUCCUUUUCCCUCCGGGCCUGGUGAUGGGUUUGGGAGCGCUCAGCUCGCUAACGGGCUCUCUGGGCUGAUCCCAAACCACAAGAACGUUGUCUGCUUCAGCAGUUUGGGAAAGUAGCCUGUCAGGAAGGUCGCUGCUAAACGUUGCCUGUUAUUCUGUCGGGACUUGGUUUGGACUCGAGGCAGCAUCAACACUUGUCUGCUCUUGCUCUGAGAAGAGGUGGCACGGCGUGCACGGCCUUUCCACCCAGCGCUGGCAGCCUUUCAACAUGACCGAGAACACGGCCCUCGCUUCUAGAAGGCGACUGGCUUUCCAGGUUGUGCCACUCGGAGUGUUUUCAUUCUACAUCUUCGGACUUCAUAACAUUGGAAUUGUUUUUCCAUAAUCCCUAACAUUCCAUGAAUGUUUGUGAAGGACAAAGAAAAGGAAUGUGGAUCUUUAUUCUUUUCAUAUAAAUAACUUUGUACACAUGACUUUCUGCGUUCAUAUGAAGGAGAAGAACUCACUCCCUUGUAUGGUAACUCCAACAUUGUACGAUUGUGCACGUAUAAGGGGUUGAAUAUAUUUUGUAAAACUCUAAUGCAUUUGUAUUUCUGUGCUGUUCUGAAGUUUACCCUUUUUACUUAUAUUAAUUAAAAGAUAGAGGCUAUAUAUUUAAAUCAUGUAAAUGGGACAUAAUUUAGAGGGUUUUUUCAGUCUUGUUUUUCAUCAGCUUCUCACAUGCACAUAGUAUGCUGCUCAAAUUUGUGUGCAAUAUAAACAUUUGAACAUUUCAGUCAAGUACUGAGCCAGAAAGGUAAUUGAAGUUUUUGGAAAGCUUCUAUGCUUAGAAAAUACUUUGUUUUCUUGAAAUAAUAAAAAUUUAUAGCUGGAAAAAUAGGAUCAAGACUUAUCUGUUUUCAGGGCACUUGGUCAUUGGUUCCUAAAUUUAGGAAGCAUUUGAUUAACAAGUUGGUAAAGGCAUUUAGUGGUUACAAAAAUAGUUUAAAUAUUUGAGAUUCAAGGUUUUCCACAGACCCUUUCUAAGGAAGUUUAGCUUAGAAAUCUUAGAACAUUUUCUAAGGAAGUUUAGUUGUGGCACAUGUUUUAAUCAGAAAGGUAGUUUCUCUUUGCUCUGGUAGUUUUAUAAUUUGUACUAGUUCUUUGUUUCUGUUGUCAUUUGUUCCAAAAAAAUGUUAAAAUUAUAAAUCAUGUCUAAUCAUACUGAAUUAUAAAACUUCUACUGUAUCUUUAUUUUAAAGAAAAAUGAGAAUAAAAUUUUCCUGUUGGUCCUGCA